AUGCUAAGUGACAGCUUCUUUGGUUUCAAGGAGUAUUACAACACGCUGCCUAGAGACAAGCUUCUCAGAGUAAUCUCCGCCAUGAAGAAAGAGUGGACCUCUUCAGAACCUGACCUAGAAGUCGGUUCCUAUAACAACAGCAUGGCAACCGGUGUUAGAUACUUGUUGGACAGGAACACGCCCAGCGACGAGGCCAUGAAGGAUGCCAAUUCUGCGUUUCUUAGUCUGUUCGUGUACCACGAAACGGCCUUUCUUGGACGAGACAGUGACGUCAUCAAACGACAGGAUUAUAUAGCAUCGGCACUUUACUACAGAUCCAACAGAAAGCCAUUUGUGGGCAUCACGGAUCCUGACGUUUACCGAGAAGAGUUAAAAGCAUUCGAAAGUGUCAUCUUUAAAGAAGAAUUUCCUCGGGACGAACACGAGGCCAAAACAAUGUCUUAUAUGAUGACGUAUUUUAUGGGUGGUAUCAGCGACUCGUUAGAGCUGUUUCCACUGUUACAUCUUGAUAUCCUGGAUUUCGUCGAGACUCUGUGCGAAAAGAAGGCGGGUUGCAGAAAGAAGUUCGAGAGGAAAAAGAAGCCCAUGGUUGUGACGGAGCCGGAAUAUCCAACUGUACACGACAUCGUCGACAGAAUCGGGCACUUCAUCAACCACUUCAUCGAUCCCAAAGAUAAACCUGUCAUUAAAGACAACGUGAAACUGUUUGAAACGAUUACUACAAGGAUGAUAUCGUUCCUCAACAAUCUCAAGGAUACAACGUUUGUACAAGUGAAGUUUGUCAGUCCGAUCAUGACUAAUGUUAUUUGCAAAUCAAUGGGCAAGUCUGCAGAUCACACGUCGCUGUUCAUACAGUUCAUACAGUCGUGUCUGAAGAUCAGCGAGAUUGGGUGCGCCGAGGCUGCAUACUGGGGGGUUCGAGAACAGAAACAGUUGCUCAAGUGGAAGGGGCGAGUUGAUGAAGCUACAGAAAUUGUGGAUAUUUUAUCCAAAGUGAACAUCAGUGCAGAUACCGACAAGUUGAAGAUGAACAUGUCCAAACACUACGUUAACUUUGCAGAAUAUUUUCUAAAUCAGUGCAACCGUGAUCGAAUUCUCAAGGACAUGAACGAGAAGUUGCUGGAAUUCUGUCUGCGCUGUUUAGAUAAAAGAGAUGUACUUUUCUUUGAAGUGGGCGAGAAGGUCUCCACUUACCUAGAGUUUAAUACCAAGAAAACCAAGGAGUCUGUGAUAAGGUUGUUCCGACAUCUGGCCACUCUACUUGUCGAUGACCACUUCCCGUGGAAUAGCUUGGAUGUCCGAAGAAUGGUCAACACACUAACCAGCAAGGGGUCUCGCUCCAUCCGUGACAGUAAAAUCCUGGAACAAGCCGACCUGGACAGUUUGGUGGAGGUGUUACACAUCACCGUUCAAAAAGGUUUCGCAUCACCAGACGGUAACCCAACAGAUACAGUCUUCUAUGUUAUAUUCGCUGGCGCUGGGACUAACAUUCUAAGUCUGCUUGACGAGGAUGAGAAACUAAACAGAGCUGAGGGUUUGAUAAAAGACCUCGUAGAUCUUCUGACGGACGAGUAUAACGAAAUCGUGGACAUCGUCUCCGCCAUGGUGGGCAUGCUGGCGAACCAAGGACCGAAACAUCUCGCUCCGUAUCUGGACAAGCUUGUUGAGAUCUAUCUCGACCAGGAGCUCACCAGUCUUCUGUCUCCAAUAAUUGAAGUGUACCCGUUCAGUCCUCGGUCCAUAGAACCUCACUUCCAAACCUUCUUCGAGUUGAUUGACAGCAGAGAGCAGGGUAUCAGUGUCACCAUUCUGAUGUGGCUUCCUGGAAUAGCCAAACGCCAGCCAGAUCUUUUCACAGAUGAGAACAUCGGACAACUGAUAGACGAGAUGUUUUCUGGCAGUGACAUGCACCAGCCUAUGUAUCUCUCAGUUCUGGACGUCCUGGCGAGGAAGCGACCCAACAGAGUGGCGAAACACCUCAACAGUCUCCUGAAGGGCAAUAUACAUCCACAGUAUGGGAUUUUCCAGAUGGCAAUCAUUCUCAAGCAUAUUGCAAUCAACUUGGAUCAGUCGGAUGCCGAGCGUGUGAUGGAGUAUUAUGAGGACAAGCUGAAAUCCUAUGACGAUCAGAUGAUUACUGGAACUGUCCUCAACGAGCUCAGAGUGGUUGGUGCCACACACCGCCCUCUGUUGGACAAGCGGAAGGAGUUCAUCAAAAACCUGAAGGCGACAACUCAUAUCCAGACAGUCAAGGAUUCAUGCACCCACAUCCUAGAUAUACUGGAGGGGCGAAGCUUAGCGGCACUGUCUGAGGACAUCCGAGAUGUAAAGGACGACGUGGAGGAACUGGAUGAGAGAGUGGCGCAGAACGAAGAUUCCAUCAGGGAGGUGUCUGGGGAGGUGAAUAAACAGAAAGAGAAACUGGUACUUUUCAAGGAAGAUGUCAAAGAACAAGGGGAGAAGCUGGAAGACCUCCAGGAGACAGUGGCGGAGACAGUUGUCAAGGUGGAGGAGAUAGAUAGUAAGACACUGAGUCAUGCACCAUUCUGGUCUCGAGAUGUUUCGAGGCUGCUGAACCCUCCUGGCGAACACGACUGGCGGUUGUUGAGCAGUCGCCUCGGCUACAGCAACGACGACAUCAGGGCGUGGUCCCAGCAGGCGGACCCGUGCAUGGCGAUGUUGAACGAGUGGUACUCCACCCACAAGACGAGGGAUGCCACGUUCGCCGUCCUCACCAACCUGCAGGAGAUGAACAGGAUGGACGCAGCUGUCAUAGUGGAAAACGCAAUGAAGAUGUCAGAAACUGUUGUGGAAGAUGAACCAUUUGUGUAUGCUGACCCUCCGGCCAUCUUUAUCAGCUACCAGUGGGCAUACCAGAACGAGGUGAAGCUACUGGCACGCCACCUGGAGAUGGCCGGCUACCACUGCUGGCUGGAUGUGGGCCAGAUGGGAGGGGGAGACAAACUGUUUGAGAAAAUUGACCAAGGAAUCCGUGCAGCCAAAGUUGUUAUCAGCUGCGUUACGGACAAGUAUGCCAAGUCGCCAAACUGUAAACGUGAGGUAAAUCUGGCAGUGAAUCUGGGCAAAUGUUUGAUUCCUCUCUUGAUGGAGAACUGCACCUGGCCUCCUUCGGGCUCCAUGGGGCCGAUAUUCAGUGAAUAUCUCUUCAUCCGCUUCUUCACGCGACCCAGCGAGGUGACCAACGACGACACAUACUGGACGAAACCCAAGUUCCAGGAGCUUCUGAUGCAGCUCAAUUAUAACAACGUUGUACCAGACGAGAACAAAGUAGAACCAGAAUACAAAGAUUGGUGGCUGCCUGUUGUGGAAGAAGUGAAAAUCAAGAAAAGAGACCACUCUGUGCAACCAAGUUCUAAAGCUCAAAAAGACAACUCAGAGGAAGAACCAGCGUCCCCAGAAGUGUUUAUAUCCUACCAGUGGGGAAAACAGAAACAGGUUCUGAAGCUGUACAAACGUCUGAUGGAGCUGGGAUUCCCCUGCUGGAUGGACAUCUACCAGAUGGGAGGCGGCGACUCCCUCUACGACAAGAUCGAUAAGGGUGUCCGUGGCAGCAGCAUCGUGCUGUCCUGCAUCACCACCAAGUACACCUUGUCAGCCAACUGCAGGCGAGAGGUCAGUCUUGCUGAUGCUCUGAAGAAACCCAUCAUUCCACUGCUGCUGGAGGAGAUGACAUGGCCGCCAUUAGGUCCGAUGAGCAUGGUGUUUACGCAACUGCUGUAUAUCAAUUUCAGUCAAGAUGUCGGUGUUCAAGACAGGUGGGACGGUCCUCAGUUUGAUGAGUUGUUGGUGAAAAUCAGUGACACUCUGCCGCUGCUGUCGUCUGGUGACCAGAUGCAGAACAGCAAGCAAGGUCAGUCUUCGGAUGCCAAGAAAAUGUCUGGUUUGUCAGAUACAGAGAAAACGGGAAAUCAGUCGAAACAUGUUAAGACUGAAUUGAUAAAAGAAUCCAAGGAUGAGCUUAAAGAGAAAGCUAAGACUAUACCACCAACGCAGCCCAAGACCAAAUUGCUGGAUCAGUCUAAUGCUGAAUGUCUGGAUCAAGAUCAGACUGAACCACUCAAUGCUGGUCGUGCUAUAGACAGAAAACCGUCUGACAAAUCAAGUGAAGAAAAUAUAAACAGUCCUGCUAAUUCACAAUCUUCUAGAAGAAUGGAAAAGGACAAAGAGAAGCCAUUUACGAAAACAAUUCAAACAGUUCAGGAGAAAAAUUAUGAACAAACUAAGGGUAACAAAACCAUGAUGUCACUGGAGAAAGAGUCGGAAAAUACAGAAGGUAAAGAUGCCUAUGAUACACAUGCAAGUGUACAAAUUCAACAAAUGCGCCCCAAGGGAUCAAAAUCAUGUGUGAUUUUGUAAAUUUAUUCAUCAUCAUCUUUAAUAUAACAGGUCAAUUACUGAAGUACAGCGUACAUCUUUUACCUAUUUCAUUUGUUCUUUGUUAUUUUAUUGAUUUUAUUGAUUUCAUUAAUUUCCUUAGCUCUUGGUGUUUUAAAUGUGUCCAUCUAUAUUUUUUUUAGUCUCAUUGCAGUUUAUUUUAUUCAAAUGAGGACGUUUAAAGUUUUUAAAUGAAACGUUUGUAUUUAAAGAUAGUUUUAAAGACAUUUGUAAUAUAUUUUAUGCUUACAAGCUAUUGCAUUGUACAAUAAAAAAAGGUAAGUCUUGGAUAUUUUAAAUGGUAAAACGGGACAGGGUAAAAACAUGAAUCCAUUAUAGUUCAGCACCUAUCUAUACAAAAUCAAUGAACAAGGGGACAUAGACAAAACGGUUAUAGUGCUUCUCUCACAAUCAAUAUCAAACCAGGUGUUAACGAAAGAUGAACAUAUCCUACCUCAUUGUUGUUGAGUGAAACGUACAAGAAACUCGCCACUGAAUUGGCCCAAUGAUCAUAACACUCGGAGGUGUUUGGCUUAACAGAAUGAAUUGUGCCAAAAGACAAAUGUAUUAAUACGUAUCUGUGAUAUACUACAGUUUGUUAUCAACCGGUAUGUAAUAAAUUUUGUACAGUUAA